GCAUUUGAUAUUUUAGUUGUUAAUCAGGAUUUUAAGUCAGAAGCCAGUGAUUCGGUUACCUUGCAACGUGGUGAUAUAGUUGAGGUUCUCAAAACAUCUACGGAAACGACAAGCGAAACGACCAGUAGUGUUAAGAAAGGUGUUCAGGGCAGUGAUGCAACAGCUAAAUAUUUGGUACGUGUAUUCGGUGACAAUGCCAAAGAGGGUUGGGUACCCAAAAACAUUUUGGAGGACAGUUCGGUAUCGUCCAUGCUGAAUGGCAACGAUAAAGAAAGUGCCGAACUACAAAAGAAGGCCAUUAUACGAGAACUUUUAGAUACUGAGGAGGAUUACGGUAGAGAUCUGCAAAAUGUUGUGGAUCGUUAUAUAAAGGCUGUGGAUAGUGCCACCGCGCCAAGGACAGUGCGUGAUAGUAAGGAUAUCAUCUUUGGUAAUUUCCAACAAAUAGCCGAAUUUCACAAUAAGGUUUUCAAUGAUGGCGUCAAAUACUAUGCGGACAAACCGAAUAUGGUAGUGAAGACCUUUUUGCGAUUGGAACGUGAUUUCGAUAUGCAUGUCAAAUAUUGUAAAACCGAACCGCUGGCUCAAGAAUUUCUAACAUCGAAUCGAGAGGCGUUUACAUUUUUUCAGGUAAAUUAA